AUGGCAGCAGAAGCAGACGUCCCCCUCCCCAGCCCGCCCUUCCUCUCCAUCCCGGGCCUGCCCAACUUCCGCGACGCAGGAGGCUACCCCAUCUCCCCCAGCACCAACACCACAGGCACCACAGGCAAACCCCAGAUCAUCCGGCGCAACACAAUCUUCCGCGCCUCGGAGCCUUCGAAGCUGACGCCCGCGGGCGUCACCGCCCUCCAGGACCUCGGCAUCGCCAAGGUGUACGACCUGAGGUCGGCCGUCGAGAUCGCGCGCGGCGGCGCCGGCGGGGACGAGAACCAGGGCUUUGCGGUGCGCGAGUGGGAGGGCGCCGAGCGCGUGUUCGUGCCCGUGUUUCUGGACUUGGAUUACUCGCCUGAGAUGCUGGCGUUGAGGUACCGGAAUUAUACUGUUGAGAGGGAUGAGGGCUUCAUCCAAGCAUACGCCGACAUCCUAGCCGCCGCCUCGGACCCCUCCAACACGUAUCAGCCCUUCCGCACGAUCCUCUCGCACCUCGCCAGCGCCUCUUCUCCUUCUUCCACCGCAUCAACCUCAACCGCAACCCCAACCCCAGGUCCAUCGCCCUGCCUAAUCCACUGCACAGCAGGCAAAGACCGCACCGGCGUCGUUGUGGCGUUGGUGCUGAGUCUGUGCGGCGUCCCUGAUGAUGUUGUCGCCCACGAGUACGCCCUCACCGACAUCGGGCUGCGCGAGCGCUGGCCCGAGCUCGUCGCGCACCUCACGGCGAACCCGAAGCUGGCGAUCGAUGCCGCGGGGGCGCGGCGGAUGAUUGGGGCGCGGAAAGGGGCCAUGAUAGGCACACUGGCUCAGGUCCGUGAGAAGCACGGCUCUGUCGAGAAGUGCGUCAUCGACCUGGGCUUGCUCUCACCUGAAGAAAUCACGCAGCUGAGGAAGAACUUGAUCGUUGAGGCUGAGGAGGAAGACGUGAUCCAGUGGAAGGAACACGCCAAACUCUUGCUGUAA